CGCUGGAGGCCGUCAUCUGCGCUGCCUGCAACUGCCACCGCAACUUUCACCGCAAAGAGAUCGACGGCGACAUAAGAGGUGGAAGCGGCGCCGGGACCUUACACCACCACCGUCCUCAACCUCCUCCGCCGCAUCUCCACCAAUUCUCCCCUUACUACCACCACCGCGGUCCGCCGUACCCGGCAGGGUACCUUCACCACCUUGCAACACCUCCGAUGGCUCAGCACCGUCCUCUAGCACUUCCUGCAGCGGUUUCCGGCGGUGGACUAAGCAGAGAUGAGGAGGACAUGUCGAACCCUAGCAGCAGCGGUGGCGGCGGCGGAGGCGGAGGUGGCGGUUGCGGAAGCGGUUCUUCAAAGAAAAGGUUCAGGACGAAGUUCACGCAGGAACAGAAGGAUAAGAUGCUUGCUUUCGCUGAACAAGUUGGAUGGCGGAUCCAGAAGCAAGAUGAAGCCAUGGUUGAACAGUUCUGUGCCGAAGCUUGCGUUAAGAGGAGCGUUCUCAAGGUUUGGAUGCACAAUAACAAGAACACUCUUGUGACUGGUGAGAGUGGUGGUGUGAAAAGCGAGAAAGCAAAUGGAAGAACAAAUUAAACUAAGAGUGGGCGGUUCACGCGGCAAACUCGUACACUGUUUGCUUGUCUGGUCAUCACAGAAAUCAGUCUUUGCAGAAUCAGAUUUUGCAGAUCUUUUUUUUUUUCUUCUGAUUAUGAUGAACAGAAAAACCUUGCUUGGUGCCAGGUUGCUGCACGACAGCACUAAUAAACUAUUUUUGCUCA